UACCAGAAUUCUCUAGCAAAUGAACGUAAAAGUACGAAGAAAUUAGCUUUACGUGUUCAGAACCUUCGUUUCAUCGCUCAAACUUUGAUUCCACGAAAUUGGGGAGUUGAGUUUCGAUCGGGUUUCAAUCGAUUUGAAGGAAAAGCUUUUAAUCAUCUGAAGUGAAAGCGAGGAUGUUCGGAAGAGCUCCGAAGAAAAGUGACAACACGCGGUACUAUGAGAUCCUUGGAGUCUCCAAGAACGCGUCGCAGGAUGAUUUGAAGAAGGCUUACAAAAAGGCCGCUAUCAAGAAUCAUCCUGACAAGGGUGGUGAUCCGGAGAAGUUUAAAGAGUUGGCUCAGGCUUAUGAGGUUCUUAGCGAUCCUGAGAAGCGAGAGAUCUAUGAUCAGUAUGGUGAGGACGCACUUAAAGAAGGAAUGGGUGGUGGAGGUGGUCAUGACCCCUUCGAUAUCUUCCAAUCCUUCUUUGGUGGAAGUCCAUUUGGUGGUGGUAGCAGCAGAGGCCGACGCCAGAGAAGGGGAGAGGAUGUUGUCCAUCCCCUUAAGGUCUCCCUUGAGGAUCUUUACCUUGGAACUUCCAAGAAACUCUCUCUGUCGCGGAAUGUUAUCUGCUCAAAAUGCAAUGGCAAGGGAUCAAAAUCAGGUGCUUCAAUGAGCUGUUCUAGCUGCCAAGGAACUGGAAUGAAGGUCACGAUUCGGCACCUUGGCCCGUCGAUGAUCCAGCAAAUGCAGCACCCUUGCAAUGAAUGCAAGGGCACUGGAGAAACGAUCAGCGACAAGGACCGGUGUUCGCAAUGCAAGGGAGAGAAAGUUGUUCAAGAGAAGAAGGUUCUUGAAGUUAUUGUGGAGAAGGGUAUGCAGAAUGGACAGAAAAUUACAUUCCCUGGAGAAGCAGAUGAAGCUCCCGAUACUGUCACUGGAGAUAUAGUCUUUGUUCUUCAGCAAAAGGAGCACCCAAGAUUCAAGAGAAAGGGAGAGGACUUGUUUGUGGAGCACACGUUGUCGCUCACUGAAGCUCUCUGUGGCUUCCAGUUUGCUCUCACUCACUUGGAUGGCAGACAGCUUCUCAUCAAAACAAAUCCUGGAGAAGUUGUGAAGCCUGAUUCAUUCAAGGCCAUCAACGACGAGGGAAUGCCGAUGUACCAGAGGCCAUUCAUGAAGGGGAAGCUCUACAUCCAUUUCAGUGUAGAUUUCCCUGAUUCCUUGAGCCCAGAACAGAUUAAAGCUUUGGUAACUGUCUUGCCACCAAAGCCAUCAUCCCAACUGACCGACAUGGAGCUGGACGAGUGCGAGGAGACAACAAUGUAUGAUGUCAACAUCGAAGAGGAGAUGCGGCGGAAGCAGCAGCAAGCACAGGCGGAGGCCUAUGAGGACGAUGAUGACAUGCCUGGUGGCGCACAGCGCGUGCAGUGUGCCCAGCAGUGAUCGGAUUGGAUCGGAUCCGAUCCUCUUUUAAGCUGAAAUUUAACCAAACCAGAGAUCACUAAAUGUUAGGGUUGUUUGGGGAUUGAUGGUUGAUGAACUCCACCUUGUUAAUGGCAGUUUUUUGUUUGGAAUUUCUCAUAUUCCGGAUGCCGUUACUGAUACAAUACAUAAAUCAACGGGGUCUGAUAUAUGUGAACUUCUAUUUUAUUAUAUAAUUACAAGUGCUCUUGUAAUUCCUACCUU